CUCUGCCGGGCGGGGCCCCAGCUCCGGGCAGACAUGCUGCUGCUGCUGCUGCUGCUGCUGCUUGCAGCACCAGCCAGGGUGAGCUCGCAGGGAUACUCCCUGAACAUGCAGAGAGCACUGACGGUGCAGGAGGGCCUGUGUGCCCAUGUGCCCUGUGAGCUCACCUACCCCGAUGAACACUGGACUGCGUCGGACCCGGCUUACGGCUACUGGUUCCGGAACCAGGGUGGGCCUACAGGCCAGGCUGCUCCAGUGGCCACAAAUGAUCCAGAUCGACAGGUGCUGGAGGAAGCAGAAGGCCGAUUCCUCCUCACCGGGGACCCUGGGGCUUACAACUGCUCCCUGGACAUCAGAGAUGUCAGGAAGACGGACGAGGGGUCAUUUGUCUUUCGGCUGGAGAGAGGACAGGCUCGAUAUAGUUACAGAUAUUCUACGCUCUCUGUGCGUGUGACAGACCUGACCCAUAGCCCUGACAUCCUCAUCGCGGGGACCCUGGCAGCGGGCCACCCCAGCACCCUGACCUGCUCUGUGCCCUGGGCCUGUGAGCGGGGGACGCCCCCCAUCUUCUCCUGGCUGGGGGCCUCUGUGUCCCACCUGGGCCCCAACAUCAGCAGCUCCCCAGUGCUCAGCCUCACCCCGCAGCCCCAGGACCACGGCACCAGCCUCACCUGUCAGGUGAUUCUGCCCGCGGUCAGCGUGACCAAGACGACCACCAUGCACCUCAACAUUUCCUACCCUCCACAAAACCUGACUGUAACCGUCGUCACCCAGGGAGCCAGCUCAGCUCCCGCAGCCCUGGUGAAUGGCUCCUCUCUUCCAGUCGUGGAGGGCCAGGCUCUGCGCCUGCUCUGUGCGGCUGACAGCUACCCCCCUGCCAGCUUGACUUGGACUUGGAGGAACCUGAUUCUGAGCCCCUCUGAGCCCACAAGCCCUGGGGUAUUGCAGCUGACUUCAGAGCACCUUAGGGGUGAAGCAGAAUUCACCUGCUGAGCACAGAACUCUCUGGGGUCCCAGCACAUCUCUCUGAGCCUGUCCCUGCAGAGAAAAUCGGGGCCCAUGGCAGAGGUGGUGCUGCUGGCGAUUGUUGAAGUUGUUGUCAAGAUCCUGCUUCUUGGGCUCUGCCUCAUCUUGCUCAGAACACAGAUCCUGAGCAGACUCCCCUGGGGACCCCAGCUCCAGGCAGACAUGCUGCUGCUGCUGCUGCUGCUGCUGCGGUGGCUGCUGCUGCUUGGGGCACAGGCCGUGUUGAGCACGCAGCAAUACUCUCUGAAGGUGCAGAGCUCAGUGAUGGUGCAGGAGGGCCUGUGUGCCCAUGUGCCCUGUGAGCUCACCUACCCCGAUGGAGAAUGGACUGAGUCAGACCCGGCUUACGGCUACUGGUUCCGGAGCAAGGGUGGGUCUAUAGGCCAGGCUGCUCCAGUGGCCACAAAUGAUCCAGAUCGACAGGUGCUGGAGGAAGCAGAAGGCCGAUUCCUCCUCACCGGGGACCCUGGGGCUUACAACUGCUCCCUGGACAUCAGAGAUGCCAGGAAGAAGGAUCAGGGAACAUUUGUCUUUCGGCUGGAGAGAGGACAGGCUCGAUAUAUUUACAGAUAUAAUGUGCUCUCUGUGCGUGUGACAGCCCUGACCCACAGCCCCGACAUCCUCAUCGCGGGGACCCUGGCACCGGGUCACCCCACCACCCUGACCUGCUCUGUGCCCUGGGCCUGUGAGCGGGGGACGCCCCCCAUCUUCUCCUGGCUGGGGGCCUCUGUGUCCCACCUGGGCCCCAACAUGAGCAGCUCCCCAGUGCUCAGCCUCACCUCGCGGCCCCAGGACCACGGCACCAGCCUCACCUGUCAGGUGACUCUGCCCGCGGUCAGUGUGACCAAGACGACCACCGUGCACCUCAACACUUCCUACCCUCCACAAAACCUGACUGUAACCGUCAUCACCCAGGAAUCCGGCUCGGCUCCCGCAGCCCUGGCGAAUGGCUCCUCUCUUCCAGUCGUGGAGGGCCAGGCUCUGCGCCUGCUCUGUGCAGCUGACAGCUACCCCCCUGCCAGGUUGACGUGGACCUGGGGAAACCUGAUUCUGAGCCCCUCUGAUCCCGCAAACCCUGGGGUGCUGGAGCUGACUCCAGAGCACCUCAGAGGCGAAGGAGAAUUCACCUGCCGAGCGCAGAACUCUCUGGGUUCCCUCUCUCUGAGCCUGCCCCUGCGCAGGCCCGUGGCAGAGGUGGUGCUGCUGGCUGUUGUAGUGGUGGCUGUCAAGGUCUUGCUUCUCGGGUUGUGCCUCAUCUUGCUCAGGCUGAAAUCUCAUAGGAGGAGGGAAUCGAAGGAAGAAGGCUCCCUUGGUGCCGCAGAGAUGCACUCUGUCACGGGUUAGCCCCUCGGAUAGUCAGCAUCCGCUUCCUGCACAGUUGUCUCCAUGGAAUGCGCUGAGGUGAACUCCACUGCUGGACCAGGCCUUGCACACGCUGGGCCCCACUGGACUCUCCUCCAGAGCGUCCUCUCCCAGCAGGAUGAAGCUCUCACAGGCACUGGCGAGGCUCUUCUGAUCGCGAGACCUGUCCUAGUGCUGCCUUCCCCUCUUCCUGCCCAUGCAGGGCUGAUCUCCCUGAAGAG